AUGUUGGCUUGUAAAGGCAAGCAUGUGUUAAUCUUAGAUGAUUUGUGGGAUAAACUUUCUCCUGAAGAAGUAGGCAUCCCCGAGCCUUCUAAUGGGAGCAAAUUAUUGGUAACAACUCGGUUGUUAGAUGUGUGUCACUAUUUGGAUUGUCGAGAAGUUAGAGUGCCGACUCUUUCAAAACCAGAUGCAUGGAGGUUGUUCUUGGCAAAAAUAGGUCAAGAUGUUUUUAAUCAUCUAGAUCUAUUACCCUUUGUGAAAUCUGUUGCUGAAGAAUGUGCCGGUUUGCCCUUAGCUAUUGUUACAAUAGCAAGCAGUAUGAAGGGUGCACGAAACCUUCACGAGUGGAGGAAUGCACUCCAUGAAUUAAAAAGACAUGUCAAGAGUGUGAAUGUGAUAGAAGAGAAGGUAUUUCAACAACUUCAGUUCAGCUAUUAA